UGAAAGAGAGAGUGGAGAGGGGUGGGGAGUCCAGAGUAGCAGCGGACAGAGAGGUGAUUAAAUCAGACACACGGACAACCCUUCGCCCACACGGCAGACACACACACACACACGAUUUUUUGAGGUGACACAGAUUCUUAAAAAGAGUCCACCCAGUCUGCAACAAUGAUGCACCCUCUAAUCAUCGGCAUUAUAGUGGUAAACACCUCCCUAACUGCCAUCUAUUGGACCUUCGUUUUGACCGAUUACUACUUCAAGUGGCUGUCGGAGCCAGAAGACAAACCCCAGAAGAUCGUCACCCCGGCCUGAGGGAGUCACAGUCAAUAUGGACUGACUGAAUGAUUGGGUGUUUUUUUUUUUGCUUAGGACUAGUGAGCAAGAGCAGUUCAGCUUGUAGUGCUUUCUGUGGAGUCUGAUUUUGCAAUUGAUCUGCUUUCUAUUUCACCUGGACAAGACUUGGAUACUAACUUAAAGUUUUUUUACUGACCUGAAUGGAUCCUGCAAGUGAAAGAGAAAGUCCUUCUUACAGAGCCACCUGUGUACAACGCAUGCCAAUUUGGGAGUCCUUUCAUUUACAACUCAAAGAAAAGAACUGAGGAGCCAUUUCAAGUAUUGAUUACGAGACUGGAUUCUUGGCCCCAAACCAGUGGAGGAUGAUUCAGAGGAAGGGAGUGCAGAAAUAGAAGAAGAGCACAGACUGAGCGUUUGCAGUAAGCUGAUGGAGAACGACGGGCUGAGGAUGGAGAGGGAAAAGGACGGGCUGCUGCCCGGCUUCUACUGGGGAGACGGAGGCGGCCGCCGUCCAUCCAAUCCUCCUCCUCUGAGAAGCUCCAUCGCUCCGCCAUACCCCAGAGAAAAAAGAAUAUCUGCUCAUAGUGUGACCUUCACCUGCCCCUCCGUGACCCCGUAUGCCACCUCCCUUUGAGUUUUCACUUUAGCACAGCAGUAGUAAUCAGUGAUGUCUCUUUGCUGUAGUGAUGCAUAAUGCUGAGGCAUUUUUGUUUUAUAUAAAACAACAAAUAGCUUUUUUUGCUAAGAAAUGCUUACUUUGAUUACUAUUAUUAUUGCACUAUAUCAUCUUUUGCUGCAUAAACAUUUUUUCUCAUGCUUAAAAAAAUGUAAAUCAUGUACCAUGUAAACUUCAAAGAUGUUGAUGUGAGCUGUAAAAAUACAUUUUAUUUCAAUAACUGACAUUCAAAUCCAGAGAUUAUAUAUGUAUGUAUGCAUAACUUCCAUGAAAAAGAUUCGUGAAAUUGCAUAUGUAUCACCAUUUCUGUUCAUUUUCCCCACCGACCAGUCAAACUGUCAUAAUCCGCACUUUCCUCUUACGUCACACAUGUUGCUGUAACGUGUUGCGGGAUAAGAAACAUGUCAGUUCUGUCUGUUCUGGUGUUGGACUAAGCUUCUUUCCAAUAAACAACUGAACAAUACAUGAGUGCUGUUGUGUCUUGUCUGUUUAAUCCAUCUUACCUUCCUCUAAUACCUGGUUAUAUCAGGGGCAGUGACCUUAUCUGUCAAUGCCAAGGAUUACUGUACAUUAGUGGUAUUAAAUACAGCUGGAUAAAGAUGUCAGCACAAGAACAUAUAGAUAGAUAGAUAGAUAGAUAGAUAGAUAGAUAGAUAUCACUUUAUAAAUUAUUCUUUUCUCACACAAACAUUUUUUUAACUUCUCUAUGAUCAUUCGUAUAGCUGGAUGUAUGUUUGACUCUGAAAGCAUUAUUUCCUGUCUAUAGGCAGAAGUUCUUGUGAUAUUCAUAGAUAUGCAUGCUCUUCUACAUGCAUCAGGUAGAUUCUCCCUACCUCAUUACGAAACUGUGCUCGCGGCGGCGUUCCUCUGACCUUGACUACCUCAAGCUGCUGCAGCUAAUCUAGUUUCCAUCUGCGUAGCUCCACCAGCAGACAGAUAGGGAGUUCGUACAGGGAGACAAAAUGAAAAACGUGUCAGGGUGAGAGAUAUAGUCGUACUUUUAAUUUAACUUGCUUAGUGUUGCCAGGAAUGUGAAGACACCAAGUGAAUUGGGAGGAUCGUUUGCCGGCUUCCUUGCUAAAGAUUUGUAAGGUGAAACCUUUGUGCCGGCUUCUUUCGAUACAGCGAUGACUGUGAGGUAUUAAGUGGAUUCGCAGGCUGACAGACUCCCAGACAGCGAUGGAUGUGACGGAGGGCAGUAGCUUAAAAGUUCGUUUCAAGGAAGAAGAUGGGACGGUGAUGUUUGAGAGCUACAUACCCCCCUCUCGGGAUGCUAUCACCCUGCCUACUUACGUCAUCUACCUGAUCAUGGCCGCCAUGGUCGUGGUGGGUGUCCUUUAUGCCAUCAUCGGUCACCUCAUCAAAGACCUCAUCCAUGACAUUGCAGACUUGGUGUUUGGGGAGCAGCCUGAGGAAGUGGUGGUGAACUACUGUGAGGCCAAGGAUAAGUUCAUGGUAGACUGGAUCCCAGAAACCACCCCCGAACUGGAGGCGUUGGCCCGGGCCGAGGAGAACAAGAUAAUUGACAGGGACUUCAUGAAAGCCCCCGCCAUCUGGAUCAUCUCUACAGAGCCUCGGGGGAGCAAGUCAGGACCCCGUGUGGUCUUUGAGAAGAGGAGCUAGGACGAAAAAGAUGACAUCAGAUUAGAGGCUUGUUGUUGAAGUAGAUCUUCUGUAUUUGGUGUGAUUGUACUGAGAUGACUGAGAAGUGAAUGGCUGUAUUGAGGCUAUAAGGCUGGAGAUGCGUUUAGACCUUGUAAACACAGGAGGGUAUCUCUUGUUGGAAGUGCUGAAUGUUUGAAUGGUCUUACGAGGACAUCUAGUGUCCAUUGAGGUCAUUGCAGCGGCUUUGAACAAAUGCACAGGAACUAUAUUUCACACAAAUGUCAGCACAAGUUUGUUGGUCAGAGAUUAAAAACAAAACAAAAAAAACUAUAAUAUGCCUUAAGUCAUCUCUGCUAAAGAUUGCUUGAAAAGCUUAAGACUGUAUUACUUUUAUUCUGUUAAUGACUGAUGAGAGAAAAUGUAGAUAUGUCUCCUCUGUAGUGCAUCUAAAGUCAAGAGAAGAUGUAAAGAAGCUGCAGAGUAGCCUGACUUUAAUAAAUACAGAUGGAAAGAAAA